GGCUGUACGGACUGCGCGCCUUCGGCCCCGAAUCCCGCGUAAACAUUUACGUCAAUUCCAAAAACUUUUAUAUGCAUAGAGAUUGCUCUUCUAUCCUUGUGAAAGUGGAUAUCCAUCAAUAUAAACCAGUUUCGAAUAAUUAUUAAAAACUUUUAUCUAAAUUUUAUUGGACUUUUAUCGACUGUUGCAGUUUGUUUAUAGAAGCGAUCGCGGCGGUCAUUUAGCCGGUUGUCAUCAAUUCGCAGAAACCUGAUAUCAGCAACCUGCUUCUGUUUUAGCGUCAGCGGGUGGGCGCGCGCGCGGUGGCGUCGCCGCUGGCGUGUGGCGUGCGCGCGCGACUGUAAACGCUCCCCGACGCCGGACCAUGCGCGCAGUGCCGCCACGCCGCGCCGGCCGACCGCGCGCACCAUGCUCAACAUGAAACUUAAGGAGCGCCUCGCGCUAGCCGUCAGCGCCUUCCUCGUCCUCUUCACGCUGAUGCUCAUCGUGGACCUCCAGAUGGACUAUGGCAUCUCUGGACACAGAGUCCCGUUGCACGGCAGAGUCAAAAUCGGUGAUGAAACGGAUAAAGGACAUUCUGCGUAUAUCGAAUUUCGGAAGCGGUUCCUGCAGAAAAGUAAUGGAAGUAAUUCAUCUCGAGAGUUCGACCAAUCAGCUCCAAGUGAAAUAAGUGGUGUUGAAGCUGAACCGAGAACUCCGACGGCACCAGCAGAUCGCUUCGAAGACCUUCAGAGGAUACUGGCCAUGCAACUCCAAGGGAAAUACGAAGACAACCCCGUGGUAAUACCGCCAAAUAAAGACUUGAAUGUGCUGCGACCAGAAAAUCCGACCAUUGGUGAAAUGGAAGAUCUAGAACCUAGUGUGAACGCAUCAAACUUAGAAAAGUUUCAACUGAAAAUAGCGCAACACGAGCUGUAUGAAGAGGGCGAGCCUUUAGUGGAGGAAGUUCUCAAGGAUAUGGCAACUUCACCAAUUUUACAUGCUGAGCAAAAGGAGGGAGGAACUCAAUUGAAGCUCAUAAUGGACUACCCUAACGGCGUACAAGCUUUAUUCAAGCCAAUGAGAUUCGCAAGAGACGUGCAAACAUUACCCAACCACUUCUACUUCUCCGAUUAUGAGCGACACAACGCUGAAAUUGCUGCAUUCCAUUUAGACAGGGUACUAGGUUUCCGUAGAGCUAUGCCGGUAGUGGGGCGCACGGUGAACAUGACCACCGAGAUCUAUGACGUCAUCGAGGGGGACAUACUGAAGACGUUCUUCGUGUCGCCAGCGAACAACUUCUGCUUUCACGGCAGAUGUUCGUAUUAUUGUGAUACUGGACAUGCUGUGUGUGGCAACCCAGAUAUGUUGGAGGGAAGUUUUGCCGCGUUUUUACCGUCAUCGGAUUUGGCUAAACGAACGGUAUGGCGGCACCCGUGGAGACGGUCGUACCACAAGCGGCGGAAAGCCACGUGGGAAGUGCAGUCUGAUUACUGCGAAAAGGUGCGUAAUACUCCCCCAUACGACUCUGGGAGAAGGAUGUUGGAUAUCAUGGAUAUGUCUAUUUUUGACUUUCUCUCCGGCAACAUGGACAGGCAUCACUACGAAACUUUCAAAAUGUUCGGCAACGAGUCGUUCACGCUGCACCUGGACCAGGGGCGCGCGUUCGGCAAGGCGUUCCACGACGAGCUCAGCAUCCUCGCGCCGCUGCUGCAGUGCUGCCUCGUCAGACAUACCACGCUUGCUGUGCUUUUGAAGUUCCACAACGGAGUACCUUUAUCCACAGUACUUCGGGACUCCAUGAAGGCCGACCCGGUAGCUCCCAUACUGUGGGAACCGCACCUUGCUGCGUUAGACAGACGAGUCGUCACCAUACUUGAUGCUAUCAGAAAAUGCAUCGAAAAAGCUGAAAACCCACUCAACAAUGAAAUAAAUGAUUUUGUAUGACCUAUAUAAGUAUAUAGGCUUAUGAUUAAGUGAUAGUGAAGUGACUAUUCUGGGGAACUAAGUGCAUUUUUAGCUUGUUUUACAUAUUUCAGACGAACUGCUAAUUUGUAAUUUGUAUAUUAUAAGAUUGAGACUGCUUAAACAACCGAAGACUGUUGCUGAACGGCAUUAUUGGCACCUCUAGAAGCUUCCUAACGUUAGAUAAGUUUUAUCUACGAAUACAAAUAAUUACGAAGCUGACGGUCUGAUAUGUUUAAAGAUACUGGAAGUUCCUGUUAAAAUAAUUUUUAUUAUAUGCCCAUAAAUUAGGGUCAAUGUGGGUAAUUUUGAACAGGAAGAUUGGAAACAACUCUACUUACACUUAUUAUACCUAUUCUAAAUACAUAACUCUUCUUUUACAACUGUAAAUAAUAUUUCUUUUUAUAUAUUACGGUUUUUCAAAUGUUUGGAAAUUCAUCUGACUGAUUAUAGAAAAAUAUUAUUGUUAGUUGUUUAUAAUCACCCCAGGUCACAAUUAUCCACAUUGACUAUAAUAUAGUGGUGGAGGAUAUAACCUGGCUCAGUAAACAAUAGAAUCCGAAAUGCUCAUCAAUUUGUUUCCAUUCAUUAUUGACACAGGUUAUAUGUCGUAUUGCGCUAGUCCACUGUAUUCGUGAUUUAGCGAACGUAUUUUUAAGGUUAAACGCAAGUCUUUGGUUGGAUAAACUAAAGAUGUUGGUGCCAAAGAUUGUCCAAAUGUUUUCAGACGAUAUUCAGCGAUUCGACUCCAUUCCACUGAAGUGGGAACAUGAGCCAUGGAAAUGCCAAAUGAACUUCAUAAACACUAUUUUAUUAGCGAGUUUGUGAGAAUCGAUUCGUAUAGUCUUACCACAAAACAAUUGAAACACAGUCUAAUUUUAAACCAGGGAUCUGUCACUUUAAUUGUUGUCUAUGAGAAAUACGACAAAACCAGAUUAAAGAGAACCCGCGUUUAAAGUUAAACCCUGUCGAAAGUUUUUUUGUGGUAAGACAGGUAUUGUUUUAAUGACUAAUGUUGUAUGUAUAUUGUGAAAAGUCUGACGACUCGUACGGCUCGUACUCGUACCUACUGUAAGUGCAAAUUGUACAUAAUAUUAGUAAAUGCAAUUAGACGUAAGUUUACAUUUUAUAGGAUCAUUCGCUUUCAUUUUCGUUGUGAAUUCUGUUACCAUAGCUGAAAGCUCAAGAAGACACAUAUCAUUGUUAUACAGGUCUGUAUGUGAUAUAUUUUAUAUCUAUUUAUAAGAAAUUUUAUAGCAUCUAUUUGUGUUAUUGUUUUUGAUUGUCCUUCGAGAUGUAUUCAAUGCAAUUUUUUAAUUAUAUAUUUGAAUUAUAUUUUUCGUUGUUCGAUGUUUUUCAGAUUUUUAUUACUUUUAAGAUUCUGGCAAUUGUCUCGCGAUUUGAUCUCAUGAUAAAAUUCAGUUCAUUACGUUGGUAAGAUCUUCAGUAAGUUAACGAAUGAUUUCCCGUAAUCGUAAGAUGAAUUGUGUUGUCUAUUUUAUCUGUAUAAUUAUUUAUACUAGAUUUAAAUAAAACUAGAGUCCUACUUAAUCAAAAUUCAUAUAUAAUCACGAAUAUGUAACCCAUUGUAUUGUCUAAAUUGUAUUAUAAAUAAUUCGAGGCUUUUUAAUAUUAAAUUUGACUUGCCAAAGAUGUACCUAUGGAUGAUUUGAUUGUGUUUAGUUAUAAAAUGUUGUACAGCAUAAUGUGACGCGGCUAGAUUGGCUGUUUCCGUUGGUUGUUAAUAAACUUUAAAAACAAUAA